UAUCGAUUUUUGGGGGACCCCGCUCCCCAAUCGUGCGACUUUGGAGUAGCACAAGUGUGAAAGGGGCCUUAGUAAUACUAAUUUCCUCCGCCGCCUUCAUUUCUCUACAAUCUGUGGUGACCACACUUCAGUAAUGAUAUGAACCGCACUCUAUUAUAUCACAUGUGACCCUAAUGUCCCUUUCCAGGACUAUGGGAUGGAGCUUCUGUAGAGUGUCGCAGGGGGGCAAAGAAUGUCACAUGCAACGAUGGGCCCCGGAAGGAAGGUUGUGAGAAGGAAAUACAUUUAUGGUGUAACGACCAGGAAAUAAUCUGCCCGGUAAUCCCAAAUCUGACCAAUGUCAUCAUUAAUAAUAAAUCCCAGGAAUUUAAAUGCAGAAUGAAGAAGGGAGGAGCACCGGACCAGAAAUGUGAGAUUUGCAAUUGUCAAGGACUAUCGGAUGGAGCUUCUGUAAAGUGCCGCAGGGGGGCAAAGAAUGUCGCAUGCAACGAUGGGCCCCGGAAGGAAGAAUAUGAGAAGGAAAUAAUCUGCCGAAAUCUGAUCAUUACUAAUAAAUCCCGGGAACUCAAAUGCAGAAUAAAGAAGAGACGAGCACCGGACCAGAAAUGUAACGAAAACGGCGAUUCUUCCGACGAAGAAGGUGGUGAUUCUACUGGAAAAAAGGACCAUGUUGAUGAUGGUGAUGAUGUUGGAGACAAAGAGAAAUUUAGCACAACACACAUCCUCCUCCCAUGCCUGGCCUUGGUGGUGAUUCUGGUGAUCUGCUCUUUUCUUCUUUGGUCGGCGAAUCGUAAAAAUCAACGAAACCUUGAGAUAGGGGGCGCUAGUGAUCGGCAGGUGCCGCUUGAAGAGAAGAUGGGAUCCAUCAGUGACAAGGAUCUGAGAAACAAUGAACAUGUAUACAGCAGACCUUCCCACAUCUACCAGGAGAUACCGGCUACUCAAGAGGAUCCGGCUGAGGUCCUCCAGAAUCCUCUGUACAUCUCAUCUGGACCCCCUUCCCAGGAUGAGCGUCCGGCAGAAGGACAAUACAGUCUCCUCCAACUCCCAACCCCCAACCCAACCCCUAGACCAGCAGUGACCGCACAAUGUGGAGAGGCCCAGGAGAUAUGAUCAUUAUUUGGGAUGCAUUUCAAUGUUGUAUAAUUAUCAGCUUUAGCGCUAAAGCUUCCACCGAACGUACCAGAAUAUUAUCUCCCAGUUCUGUUGAUAUUUUUUUUUUGUAUUAUAUGUUUAUUAAAAAGUUCAUGAAAUGCCAUUAAAAA